ACCCUAUUUUUUAUCACUGCUGGGCCUGAUAGCUAAGAUCAAAGUGUAGCAAAACAGUAAAUAUUGAAUUUUACAUCACUUUCCAAUUCUCUUUGAAUCAUAACCUCUCUUUUAGAUUUUUCAGCGCGAGAGUAACAAGCGCCGUUGUCAAUAAUCUGUUUGAAAUGGCCUGUAGCAUCGUUCUACCAGCACUGCGUCAGUUGGUAUGUGCGCAGAAGACAAAUAUCGAAUGGUACGUAGUAACGUGGACUCGUAACUACGAUCAGACCGGCUUUUACGAGCGGCUCGAUAUAGCCGCGCUGCGUGUGCUCAGUGUGUGGAACAAGAACGACGGAUGAACGACCGUAUGUUGGACGAUCGCAUAUCUAUCCCCGAACGUCACUGGAAUAAUUAAUAAAUAAAGAAAGAAGACGAAUUUAUAAAUCAAGUGACAGCGAAAGGUGUGACCGUGUCGCAACAGACAUGGGACUAAAGGAUUUCCGAAUAAUCUACGACAAUCCUUGGGGGACUUAUUAUCCAGGACAGACCGUCAGUGGAAAUAUCAUCGUGGUAUUAAACAGUACGAAGAAGAUUCGUGGCAUAUGCGUAAAAAUAAAAGGUGUGGCGAACACAUGUUGGACAACAGACAAACAGGAUAUGGAUGAGAGAGGACAGUACAGAGAUGGAACUCAGACAGUCACCGCACAUGAAGAAUACUUCGAUACAAAGUAUUAUCUUGUUGGAUCAGCUUCUGGAGGUGAAAUCGAGAUACAAGGCGGCGAGCAUAAAUUCCCGUUUCAAUGUAUUCUACCCAUGAAUUUACCCAGCAGUUUCGAAUCCGAUUUUGGCCACGUUCGGUAUACAGUCAAAGCGAUUCUAGAUCGCCCUUGGAAAUUCGAUCAAGAAGUAAAGAGCCCCUUUACAGUAGUGUCGCCUUUUGAUCUUAAUCAAGAAGCAAGGUGCUCGGAAAAAGUGCAAGUGGAAAUGAGUAAGACGUUUUGCUGCUUAUGUUGCGGAACGCCACCAUUAACUGUUAACUAUUCGUUACCAGUGAGGGGAUACGUACCAGGUCAAACAAUACCAAUAAAAGUGAAUGUUGAAAAUUUGUCAGGAGUCACUGUGGAGACUGUAAAACUCAUUCUGUGUAAGAUCGUGACUUUUCGGGCUACCACACCGACCACUGAUACUAAAACGGAGGAAAUUGUGGUAGCAGAAGUUGCCAAAGGACCCUUCGAAGGACGCGGAACUGCAGAUUAUGAACAGGAGCUCGAUAUCCCUCCACUUCCUCCAUCGAACUUGACGAAUUGUGGAAUUAUUGAUUUGGAAUAUAAUCUUAAAGUCGUAGCUUGUGUCGCAGGAUGGUACCAUCGAAAUUUGAUGCAGAACAGUCUUAUAUUCGUGGGUACGGUGCCAUUAGUAAGUUAUCAAACUCCAAGUGCUCCAUCGGCCGAAGGAUAUCCACAACCCUCAGAAAUUGGAUGGACGAUGACAGGAAUUCCAGUUUCAAGCGUUGACGGAAGUCCACCAUCGAAUUUGUACCCUAAUCUGCCUCCACCAUCGUACGAAGAAUCAACCAAUGGUGCUAGAAGUCUGUGGGAACGUGGUGAAUCCGAAUAUAUUUUUGGUGUGUCGAAUCGUUUCGCGCCAAAAUAUCCCGUAUUCAAUUUUGCGGCGAAUCAGUAAACAACGAAAUGAUAUUUGAUAAUUUGGUGCUUUGUUUUGAGAAAGAAAAGCGAAAGUCAUACACGUGUUACAUAUUACAGUCUGUAAAACAGAUUCUAGGAGCUUUGAUCAAAAUUAGGAGCUCGCGAUUGUGUAUGUUGUUUAAGCUGAUAGCCUGAAUUAAGAGUUGUUCAAGCACGCCUUGUUUAACUUUUUUUAAAACAGAAGGAUGCGGACAAAAUAAUUAACCAAAGCAAAUCCCAAGAAAAUAAUUAUUUAAAGCAUAAGAAUGACAGUAUAAUUUAAUUUAUGUAAUUUCUCAUUAGGGAUAUUACGUUUUGAUUGAGAUGCGGGUUAGUCAUAUACCACUAAUGUCAAACAUUGUAAUUAGUUUUGAAGGUUGCAUUUCUGCAAUGAAACAAUCGUUCUAAUUAAUUAAGGCGCACAAUUAGAAAAUACUCAAAAUGCAAAAAAAUACUAUGCAUAUUUUUCUAUGAUAUUUUUCGUAGGAAUGACUACAAUCUAAAGCAAUAUUUAACAUUUUUAAACUGCCGAUACGAGAACAUUUAGCUUUUAUGAUAAUUUGUUCGAGUCACAUUUUUAUAUGUAUUUAAUUAUAUGCUAUCAUUAGUUAUAUCAAUAUAUUGUGUAUAAUGAAGAUACAAAUUCCAAAAUUUGUAUUUGUAUCUAUCUUGUUGUUAAUAAAACGUUCUUUUUCAUAUA